AUGUCGACCCCAACCAAUGGAUAUCUGGCCGAAAAGGUGCCUGUCGUCGAGGUGCUCCCGGCGCCAGCGACGUCUACCCGUACGCCUCCAGCAACACGCAGCAGCCUGGCCUGCCGCUUGUUCAAAGGUGGCUUUGCCGUCAUCAGCGUCCUGCUCGUUCUGAGACUCCUCCAUCUCGGCUUCGACGCCUUCCCCCGCGGCUGCCACGGGCUGGGAGCGCACAAGUCUUCCGACUACCGUCCUCUCGAUGACGGUGGUCACCAGCACCCAUUUCCACCAAUUGGGGACUGGAAGCCCUUUCAAGGUACUACUCACUUUGAAUUCGAGCCCGCCGUUGCGUCUGGCUUCUCCGUCCGUGGAACCCAAGCCUUUGGCAAAGUCGUUUUUGAGACCUCCAAACUAUCGGACAAAGUCGUCAUCGACUUGGACAUCAAGACCAGCAAGAAGGACAAGGAUGGCCAAGUCACAGUCGAGGAAAAGAAUGGCUACCUCACCGUGGACACACCUACCACGGGCAAAAUGGAGACCUACUCCUCCGCCAGGAUCCAGAUCCCCUCUAACAUCAUUGGCAAGUUCGUAAUGCCAGAGUUCCAGGUCGAUGUUCCUCGUCACAUGGUCGACUUCAGUGGUCUUCCCGAGUCCCUCGAGAUCGACACGUUCAAGGUCCGCAUCGGCCAAGGAUUCGUCAAACCCGGGCCUGUACACACCAACACAACGACGAUCUCUAUUGGCAAUGGCGCGCUGAAAGGCUCCCUUAUCCACGCUACCUACGAGACCAACAUUGAUGUCGCUCACGGCAACGUCACCCUCGACAUUCCUGACAUCUCAUCCGGCAACCAGGGCGCCACAAAAAUCCACCUCGGCAACGGGCACCUGAAAGGCACGUUCUCCGUCUACAACUCCACCACCGUGGACGUGGGCUCGGGCGGUAUCUACAUCGGCGUUGACUUCAAACACUCCGACCCCCGCGCCAGCUUGUCGACGAAGAUUGCGGCCGGAGACUCACGUGUGUACGUCAACUCUAUCGCCGCCGAGCGUCUGCUCGAAUCAUCGCACACAUCCAUCAACGGCGACCAAUUGAUCACAUACCCGUCCAACUUCCAGGGCACGAUUGAUGCGAGAGGUGUCUUGGGCGACAUCAAACUUGCAGGCAAGGAUCUUGCAGUUGAAAAGGUCGUCGGAGGUCUUGUGGGCCGACAGGGAGACAGCGACCGGAAUAGCGUCAGCGUCAAGUCUGUCAGGGGCAAGCUGGACAUUCUCGUCGGAGAUGAGUAG